AUGCAAUCAUCAAAUGGAAAAGCAUUUCAGCUUUUCUGUUUGCUUCUUUUUGUAAUAGUACUAUUUGUUAACCAAUUGUUCUGCAUCGAAGCUCGAGCCAACUCCAGUUUGAAUCUCAGAGUGACCGGAUCUGCGUUACCUGUGGAGGCAACCUUCAAGUUUCCUUCACCAUUACCUGUAAUACCUCAGGAUGGUGAGAGAAACUUUGGGAAAGGAAAAAUAGAUCUGGAAGGUCUUGAGGUAAUCCAAGUCUCCAUCUCAGCCUCAACAUCACAGAGAAUAUGGAGAACUUUCGAGAAUGGACCAGAUAACAAGGGAGUCAGCAUCUUUCAACCCAUCAAUCUUCCUAAUGGUUUCUCCACACUUGGUUUCUACGCACAACCCAACAACCGUAUGCUUUUUGGUUGGGUUCUUGUAGCAAAAGACUUAUCGGGAAACAGCUUGAGACAACCUCUUGACUACAUCCAAGUAGGAAACACAAACUCCCUACCCGUCAAGCAAGACGGACCCGCUUUUUUUUGGCAGCCUUUGUGUCCUAAUGGGUAUGAAGCGGUAGGCCUAUUUGUCACUACUUCUCCUCAGAAGCCCCCACAAGAAUCUAUAAGCUGUGUUGGAUCCCAUCUUACGGAACAGAGCGAAGCUGAUACAUGGGUAUGGAAGCUAGAAGGGAUUAUUAGUUUCUCAAGUUUGAAACCGGUUAACAGAGGAACAGAAGCGACAGGUGUGUACACAGGUACAUUCACCUUCCAGCAACAAAACUUUCCUCCUCCAUCUUUAUCUUGUUUGAAAAACAGAAAGUUUUACUUAUCUAACAUGCCAAGCCAAGACCAGUUAAGACCUUUGUUUCAAACUUACUCUCCUUUUAUUUAUUUCCAUCCCGAAGAAGAGUUUCUUCCUUCCUCUAUCGAUUGGUUUUUCUCCAACGGUGCUUUGUUAUAUCAAAAGGGCAACGAAUCUAACCCCGUUCAUGUACAACCCAACGGUUCUAACCUUCCACAAGGCGGCUCGGACGAUGACUCAUACUGGCUAGACUAUCCAGCCGAUAAGAACGCAAGAGAAAAGGUUAAGAGAGGAGACUUAAAGAACACGAAGGUGUAUCUACACAUCAAACCAAUGUUUGGUGGCACUUUCACAGACAUUGUCGUAUGGAUAUUCUCUCCUUUCAAUGGUGACGCUCGGUUAAAGAUUUUAUUCGUAAAGAGUCUCUCUCUAGGUGACGUUGGAGAACAUAUUGGAGACUGGGAACACGUUACGUUGCGAAUCAGUAAUUUCAACGGUGAGUUGUGGCGUGUUUACUUCUCGGAGCAUAGUGGAGGAAGUCUAGUGGAGGCGUGUGAUCUAGAGUUUCAAAAUGGAAAUAAACCUGUGGUUUAUUCAUCUCUUCAUGGUCACGCGAUGUUCUCGAGGGCAGGACUUGUGUUGCAAGGUCAAGACGGGAACGGGUUGAGGAACGAUAUGGCGAGAAGUGAUAAGUUGUUGGAUGCAGGUGUUGGUUAUGAGGUGGUGGCCGGACCGGGAAUAAGGGAGCCACCGUGGGUGAACUAUUUUAGGAAAUGGGGACCGAUUAUUAGAUAUGACGUUGAGAAGAGCAUUGAUGGUAUCGCCAAGACACUGCCGGCAGUUUUGCGUAAAAGAUUCCGUGAGCUUGUUCAUAGUAUUCCUCCCGAAGUGCUUCAAGAGAUGGGUCCCACUGGUCCCAAAGUCAAAAGGUCUUGGUCUGCUGAUGAGUAAAAUAAUACUCACUCUUUCUCAUUUUAAUCGAUGUUUAAGGUUUUAUUUUUGUUUCAAUUUAGAUAAUAUUUUCAAAAAUUUUAUACAGAAUUGAAUGUUGUUUAAUGUUUUU